AUGCUGCGCAGAAAGGCGGGGGAGUUACUCAAGAAGAGCCCCAACGAUGUGGUCAUUCUAUCUGCAGUACGAAGUCCCAUCACACGGGCGUUUAAAGGUGGUUUCAAGGACCUCUAUCCCGAGGAGAUUUUGAUGCCAGUCAUGCAAGCAGCCGUCCAACGAGCCAACAUCGAGCCUGGCCAAGUUAACGACGUCCUCAUCGGCAACGUCCUGGCAGAGCUAGGCUUCGCCAAAACCGGUCGCAUGGCACUUAAUGCCGCUGGAUUUCCUAAUUCGACUACCUUCCACACUGUCAACCGUCAAUGCUCAAGCAGUCUCCAGGCCAUCACACAUGUUUCCCACUCGAUUCUGGCGGGGCAAAUCGAUGUCGGUCUUGCCGGCGGGGUGGAAAGUAUGUCUCGGAAUUAUGCCACACGAGGAAUUCCCGUGGAUGUGUCGGCAACAAUGAAAGAGUCACCUGUGAAGGAUGCUCGAGACUGUCUUAUGCCGAUGUUGCAGACCUCUGAGAAUGUAGCAUCGCGGUACGGAAUUAGCCGGCGUGAGCAGGAUGAGUUCGCCGCGGAGAGCCAGAGGCGGGCGAGUGAGGCGCAAAAGGCGGGCAGAUUUAAUUCUGAAAUCGUGCCGAUUCGAGCUAGACAUGUCAGUGAGGGUAUUGAUGAGAUUACUUAUCAAAUUGUGGAGCGUGAUGAGGGUGUUCGCCAUGGAGCUACCGUCGAGAAAUUGUCGACUCUCAAGCCCGUUCUGGAAAAUGGCUUCAGCACAGCCGGGAAUUCUUCUCAAAUAUCCGACGGCGCAUCAAGCACUGUCCUCGCUCGCCGGUCCUGGGCCGAUGCUCAUGGCCUGAAGCCUAUCGCCCGCUUUGCAGGUACUCAAAUUGCAGGCUGUUCUCCCGAUGAAAUGGGCAUUGGCCCUAUCUUUGCUAUUCGCAACUUAUACAAAUAUCUCGGAAUUGAAAACAAGGACGUCGAUCUAGUGGAGAUGAACGAGGCAUUUGCCAGCCAGUCAAUUUACUGUCUUCGAGAGUUAGGGAUUGAUAUGAGCAAGACUAAUUGCAACGGUGGAGCUAUUGCACUCGGUCAUCCUGUAGGUGCGACUGGUGCUCGGCAGACUGCUACUCUUCUUGCGGAGCUACAGCGACAGGAUAAGGAGGUUGGGAUUGUGAGCAUGUGUGCUAGUACUGGCAUGGGCGUUGCAUCCCUUUUCAUUCGAGAGUAG